UUAUUACAUAAAGUCUGCUAACACUGACAGCGCUGUCCAAUGUGAGCCAAAAGGAGGCAAAAAUAAAAAAAUAGAAUAGAAUAGAAAUAGCCUUUAAUGCUCAGGUGCACCAACAGUGAAGUGACAGGCAAUCAAAACAUGUUGAUUCACAAAAAGAUAAAAAUUAACAACAUAUUGCACAACAAGGACAAAAUUAUAAAAAAAAUACUCUGCAGUUAAUGUAAAUAACAUUCUGAUAGGGAUAGGUAGGAUAAUUUAAAAAAUGUACAAAAUCUGCAUGUUUAUCUGUGUAUAAAAACACAAAAAAACAAUUUACAAGACGUGAAAAUAAUUGUCCAAACAUCAAAGAUGUGCUAAUUUCAGCCUACAGUAUUUUUAAGACUUGUGAUUGUUACAGAUGAAAAAACUGGUUGAACUCAGAGGAUUAAAUAUAUUUUUUGUUUAGAAACAGAAACAAUAUUUUUAAAUCACUGUGUCCCCUUCCUCCUGCUUUCAGUUUUAUAAUUUAAAAUAUAGUUAUUGUGGUUGUGAUGAGAUGCUUUGUUUUACUUAAAUAGGUAUGAAUACUUUAGUUUAAAUUGGGAUGAAAAAUGAUGAGAAUGCUCUGAAAAGUUCAGAAAGCUCAGGGAAAUAUCAACAAUGCAUCUGACAGGGGAGGAUUUCUGGGAUAAAUGUUGAUUUGUGAAAUUAGUUUUUAUCUGGUAGAUGUAAUUAAACAACAGAGAUUAAUAAUUAUAUCCAGAAAAAUGUUCCUUAAGUGGAAAUACAUGAGAAGUUGCUGCUAAAAAUAAAUCAGGAAACUGAUUGAAUGAAAACUUACCUCACAGUGUUAAAAGAUUUUUAUUAGACAUACGACAAUAAUUAAACAUUUUAAUGAUAGGUGUCUAAAAUAUUAAAGACAUUGUACAAAUACUCAAAAUCAGUUAAAAGAUACUUUAUUAAAACAAUAAAAUCAGAUGUAAAACUCAGACCCCAUUGUUCUCGUUGAAGAGUGUUUAUUUGCUUAAAACAAUCUUAUCUUUUCAGGGGACUUUCAACCUUUUUCAUUGAAAUUUUUUAGAGUGACAACAGGAGUCAAGCUGUUUGACCUUUGACCGGCCAGAAGCUCGGCUCCUCAGCAGGAGAAACUCAAUCAGAGAAACGUUUUGCUGGAGAGCGUUCUGACGGCAUGAGUGGAAAAUCCUCUUCUGAGUUUAAGAGCAACUAGGAGAAACAUGAACAUCUUUUAUCCGUUCGUUUGGAUCCUGGACAUUUUCCAAUGGACUCCUUUCGAUUCAAAUCCAGUUGAUUGUUUUUUUAAAGGUGAGGCUGAAACGAUUUCAUUUCAACACUUUUUACUCUGAUGUAUUUUUCCUGUUUUUAUUGUAGGACUGGUAGGAGCCUGUGGAGUUUCAGUCCUCUAUAAUCUGAUGAGAGUUUGCAAUUUCAUUCAAGCAUGCAGUGAUCCUGACACCGAAGGUGGAGACAGACGGAGGUCGUCUUCCUCUAGAAAUCCUCUGAGGAGGAAAUGGAGAGCGGCGGUCCAGUUCUGGUUUCUGACCGGCGUCCUCUCUCUGGUGGGCCGCAGGGUUUCCUCUCUCAUCGUGCUGGAGUUUUCCCUCAGAGCCGUUUCUGCAUUGGCCUCCGCCGGACAGGACGACGGGUCCAGAGGUCUGGAGCUGCUCCUGGUCCAGAGCCAGUUCUCUCUGGGCUGCAGCCUCACCUGCACUCUGGCCUUCAUCCAUCAGGGGGCGCUACACAGCUCCUUCGGCUUGCUCCUGGCCGCUGCGCUCAGCUGGGCAUUUGCGAGCUACAGCAGCGGUCUGUGGCGCCAUGUGGCCAGGCUGUUCCCGCUGCACAGGACCGAUGGUUACUGUGGGAAGUGCAUCAAUCUCCUAACCUCUGGACACACCAUGCUGGCCUCGCUGCAAAGAGUGGUUAUCUUGGCCUUUGGUACAGCAGCUGUGGCUUCCACCACCACGGUUUACGAGCACUUCUUAUCCCAGAAGGACGCGAUGAAGUUCUGGACUCCACUCACUCUCUGCUACACCAUGUUGGUGGCCUACAACCAAGAGGAGCAACAUCGGCUGAGCAUCACAGAGACCCUGCUGCGGACCGUGGUGCUGCGACUGGGAGGCCUGCUGGUUCUCAUGCUGGCAGUGGGAAACUGGACAGACGUUCUCCACAUCCUCAUCGCUUUUCUGGGAGAAGGAGUCUGUCUGCUGCCUUCUGAGGAUCUGCUGCAGGCUGCGUUAAAGGAAGAACGAGAACACAGCCAGGACAAACAGAGGACCUGCCACAGAUCAAGGAUGAGAAUACAGUAGAAGAUGGUUAGCAAACACACCGUCGUGAGUCAGAGGAACGGGCUGAAUGUUUCUAGAAAGGCUCUGAAUUUAGUUUUGAAUUGGUGAGUGGUAUUUGAAAUACAGUUUGGGCAAGAAGGAGAAGGGGAUAGUUGGUAGCCAAAAGGAAAACAUUUCUGUUUUCUUUCAAGCUGAAAGAAAGAUUGAAAAUCUCUUAUUUCUUAUAUCUUAGUCAAACUUCUUAUGGAGAUGCAAAAACUUAUAAAAUAUUAAAAACGUUCUGAAUGCAUGAACCAUUGGCUCGUGAAGCUCAACCUGUAAUAAUACCUUACAGAAAAAUUUCAAUGAUGCCCAGAUUUAUUUUAGUAGAAGUCGUGACUUUUUUACACAAUUCACCUUUGAAUAUUUCUGCAGAAAAAGAACAUUUUUAAGCAUCCUGUCAGUGAAGUCUCGCUCUACCUCCAUGGUUCCCUGAUUGCUCCCACAUGUUAUCAACUUUUUCUCUACUACAUGAGCUCACAGGAAAACCUUUUAAUCUUAUUUCUUGCCCAGCAUCUUGCAGGUCCAGAAGCUUUCAUGAGAAACUUUCUCAUAAAAUAACAAUUUCCAAGUUUUUUUAGCAAUAAAAUAACAUGGGACAAAGGACUGUUCUGUCUUUCCAGGAGUAGCGGAUAUUACCGCAGCUCUGAAUUAUGCUACUGUACAUUCAGUCGGUCAAUUAAUCUGUCAUCAUCGAUCUGAGGCGAAUUCUUCACCUUCCCAGGGAACAAUCAUUAUCAGACGUACAAACAGAUGUGGGGCUCCUUUUAUAACUAUGAUUUAUUUUCACUCAGAGAUGAGAAUCAUUAAGAAACUAAUGCAAUCUAAGGCUGCAAGUCAUGGUUAUUGUAGCAAUCAAUUAAUCAGGUUUAAAAUAACUUCACAUUCUGCAGAUAUUUCAUUAAAGCCUUUUUUGUAUAAAACUACAAGUACAACAAGAGAACCAGGUGAAGCUAAAGCUAUGCCACUUUGGGUAGAAAAUAAUUACAGACAGGUAUAUUUUUUACUUAAAUGCAAAAUGUAUAUAAUUUUUGUACCUUUUUUGGUUUAAUUACUGCGCUGAGAAUGUCGCUCUUUCAGAAAUUGUUCUUUUAAAAGUCUGUAUCCUCCAGUUGAUGAUUAAUCAAUGACUAAAUUAGUUAAUUAUUUCAAUAAUCAAUUCAUUGCAUUUCAGCAAAGUGUAAAUCUGUUUCUGAUUAAACAACUGUAUGUUCCUACUUAAAAGAAAUAUGUGUAAGUAGCAAUGAGGAGAAAAUGUAAAGACUGAUAAUAAUAAUAAUAAUAAUAAUAAAGUAUGGCACCAUUUUCAUUGGGUAGUGGCAGCUUCAUGCUGCGUGGAUCCUUUACUUCAGCAGGAACAGGCUGCAAAAGACUGGAGACUGGGACAGAGGUUCACCUUUUAUCAGAUCAGUGACCCUAACCACGUAUCCAUAGCUACGACAGAAUAAAAAAACAUGGCCUAGUCAAAGUCCACACCAAAAUCCAACUGAGAAUUUAGGGGCACAACUUUAAAAUUGAUGCUCUCCAUCAACCAGUCUGAAAUUUCAGUUUCAUUUCUGUUUGCUACGUUUUGUACCGAUCGCAUUUGUUUUAAAUAAAUAAACUGAACGGACUUUAGAGAAAAUGUUCGUUUAAGAAAAGAAACUGUAUAAAGGAUAGCAGACGAGCAACAGAUUUGUUUACAAGGAAAUGUUUCCCCUAUACCAGAAGAUUUUACUCCACAAAUCCUUUGUAAUUUUUUUAGGAUUUUAGAAAGAGAAAUAUCCUUUAUUUCGGUGCAACACAGCAAAGUGAUAGAAAAUCACACAAAGACAGAAUAUAAAAUACAGAAUAAAAACAGAAUAAAGGGCAAAAUCUUAACAUUAAUACUGUGUAGUUAUGAAAAAACAGUGUGCAAUAGAGUUGGUUGAUUAAAAAAUGUGCAUGUCUCUGUCAGACCAUUUACAAUUAGUGAGAAUAAUUUCAUAAUCAUACACUUUUGCUUCCAACAAAUAAAGUCCUAAAUUCUCUUU